AUGUCGGAGAGCCUCUUAACCCCGAAGUCAAACUACGGCGAUUGGCGCGACUUCUUCUUCGAACAUGGCUACGCCAUCAUUAAGAACGCUAUUACUCCUGAACGAGCUGAGUAUUACAAAUCAAAGCAGGUCGAAUGGCUCAAGUCUUUCAAUCGUGGAUUCGAUCCGAAAAACGAAGAUACGUGGACCUCUGAGCACCUCCCCGUCUCGUUCAAGGGUGGCAUGUACGGGUCCUACUGCGCCCCACAUGAGCGAUUCGCGUGGGAAGCAAGAAUGGAGCCUGGAGUGAUGAACCCAUUCAUUCAUAUCUGGGAGACAGAGGAGUUGCUGGUCAGUUUUGACAUGUUCAACAUUACGCUUCCUCGCCAGAAGGACUUGAAGUGGUCUUCAUGGCCCCACUGUGACCAGGAUCCCAAGAGGAAGGGCCUUCAGUGCAUCCAAGGUCUUCUCAACUUCGCCCCUAAUGGGGAUGACGAUGGCGGCCUCAUCCUGAUGGAUGGCUCCGCCAAGCUCUACGAUCAAUUUUUCAAGGAGACAAGAGAAAUGGCAAACCAUGAAGACGCCCCACCUCCCGAAGCGAAUUAUCGUGACCUGUUUAUUUUCAAGGAAGAGGAUGUCAAGUGGUUCGAGGAUCGUGGGUGUCGCCUCAUCAAACCCAACCUUGAGCCAGGCGACCUGGUGCUCUGGGAUUCACGGUAUGUUUACAUCUCUACAGCACCUGUUUCCAGUGUUGAGGAACCCUUCAUGUUGACCGUGUCAAGAUCGAUGCAUUACGCCAAACAUCCCACGGGAACUCAAAUCAGACACGCGCAGUACGUCUGCUUCACGCCCGUCAAAUUCGCCGACCCACAGGCAUUGAAGGAGAAAGCGGACAUUUUCCGUUCAUGGGGAGGUACCACGCACUGGCCGCACACAAACAUCCAUCCCCAAGGAAAGGCAAAGAGGGACGGGGUUCUUGACCCACAAGAGCGCGAGGAACCUCUGGAGAAGCCUAUUGUGACGGACAGGCUGUUGCAAUUGGCGGCGGUGAAGGCAUAUUGA